AUGGACGUCGUAAAUCAGUUGGUGGCUCAAGGCCAGUUUAGAGUCCUGAAGGUUCCUCUGGGCUUCAUCAAGGUGCUGCAAUGGUUUUUCGCCAUCUUUGCCUUCUCCACCUGUGGCAGCUAUUCUGGGAUGUUCCAGAUGGCGGUGGACUGCAAGAACCAGACGGAUAGCGACUUGAGUAUAGAGGUGGAGUUUGAGUAUCCCUUCAGACUCCACCGGGUGCAUUUUGAUGCCCCAACCUGUAAGAACGGGAACACUGAGCGCCUCUUCCUUGUUGGUGACUACUCUUCCUCAGCCGAAUUCUUCGUCACCAUUGGUGUCUUUGCCUUCCUCUACUCCACAGCGGCUCUUGCCGUCUAUGUCUUUGCCUUUGACAAGUACAAGGAGAACAACAAGGGCCCGCUGAUCGACCUGGGUGUGACGACAGGGUUUGCCUUCAUGUGGCUGGUGAGUUCAGCUGCCUGGGCCAAAGGUUUGUCUGAUGUGAAGACGGCGACUGACCCAGAUGAAGUCAUUACUCUCAUCUCUGCCUGCGACGACAAGGGAAACCAGUGUCGUGAAGUCCAUGAUCCAGUCAUGUCUGGACUCAACACCUCUGUGGCAUUUGGUUUCAUCAACCUGGUCCUGUGGGCUGGAAACCUCUGGUUCGUGUUCAAGGAGACGGGCAUCAUCGCCCCCUUCAUGCGCGCGCCGCCUCCUCCUCCUCCUCAGGGGAAACCUGCUGCACCUGAUGCGUAUGGCCAACAGGGGGCAUACGGACAAGACCCAUACGCCAGCAACCAGGGAGGCUACCAGCCAGACUACAACCAGCAAGGAUACAAUCAGGAUGCAGAGUACGGUCAGGGCUACGGCCAGCAGGGGGCACCCACUUCUUUCUCCAAUCAGAUGUGAGCUGACUGGGAGCAGAACUCUUAGGACUGAAACAACAGUGCAUCGCUGGCUUCCAGGCGCCCCACAAUGCAACACUCCUGUCUGACUGUAAAGGAUAGGGGAGGGUGGGGCGGGGUCUAAAUGUUCACUAUAUUAAUGUGUAAAUGGUUAAAGUUAUCCUGAUUCGUCGACCGCUUGAACAAAACCAAACUCAGCUGCCUGGAUCUGAUCUGCUGAGAUAAAUCUAGAAAUCAGCUCGUUUUUUUAACAAAUCCUCUGAUUGCAAACCCCGACCUGAAGCUGACAAGAUUCUGCAUGCACAGACACAAAUCCACACCUAGGGGGCAAUAGAGACCUACUGCUAAGCCUUAUAACAUGAUCUCCAACCCAAAUGUUGAAACUGUUGCUAAUUGUGUGCUAGUGCAUAAGCUAACAAAGCAAAUGUUACUUUUCAUUAACUAUGCCAACGUUUCAUUAACCAUGCCCAC